AUGGCCAGGCUGUCACUUGAGGAGCUUGCCACGCUGGCAGUCUGCCGCGAUUUGAUUCGCCGACCAUCUAGCUACACACCAUCCAAGCUCGCACGUCUCUCCCCACACGUGCUGCAAUCGCUGCUCCACGUGCUUGUGCACGUCAGGGAGCUCUCCCUGCCACUCUUACAUGCACUGCCCGCGCCACUUCUAGAGUCCCUGCCUCUGGCGCAUUACCCCAACCUUAAUGAUCGCUGGCUAGAGCUGCUGUCGCCCCACGCGCCCACACUGCUCUCCAUCGACCUCUCCUUUGCUGCUGCUGUCACCAACACGGGCAUUCAGAAGCUGCUUCUUGGUUCCCCUCCUGCUCUUCCUGCUGCAACCGGUACUGCUGCUGCGAUUACUGAUAAUUUUGUCACCAGUGCUGCUGGCAAGAAUUUGGCGGUAGUCAAUACUGCUUCCGUCAACGCUGUUGCUCCUUGUUGUGAUGCCAGCACUUGCAAUGGCCACGACAGCACCACCACCCCUCCCUUCUGCUCCCCUCUCACCUCCCCCCUCGCCUCCCCUCGCACUCCUCCUCUCUCCCCCUCUUCUCACAACCCUGCCUCCGUCGCCAUUACCCUUCCCUCCACCCUCCCCGUCCCCUCCUCCUCCUCCUCCUCCCACCCUCUCUCCUCCACGCCAACGUCUACACUCGUCGCUCCAUCCCCAUCCCCGCUCUCAGCCUCCCCCUCUUCUCCCCCUAUGGGUCUAACCACGCCCCAAGGCCGAAACCUGUCCUCCCCCACUCUGUCGGACAUCCGCCUUUUAAGCAACCCCGCUUCCAGCAGUAGCUCCCAAGAAGAUCUGUCAGACGGAAGUUCCUCGGAAGGAGUGUUUUUGGAGUUGAGUCUUGGGGAAGAGGAGGGAGAAGAGAGGGAGGAGAGGAGGGUUGGAGAGGAGGACGAUGAAGAAAGGAGAGAGAGGGAAGAGAGGGAUGAAAGGGAGGGGAGGGAUUGUGAGGAGAGGAGGAAUUUAAGGGAGAGUGAGAUUUGCAUGCGUCUGGUAACAGCGAGAAUGGAGAGGGAGAGGGAUGGGGAUGCCUUUUGCAGCAGAAAACGGCAGAAGGCAGCAGCAGCCUCGGUUGCAGCCACAGCAGCAGCUGCAGCUGCUGCUACGACCGGGGUUGUAUCGCUGGCUGCAGCUGACUCGUCGCUGCAUGCUUCCCAGCUUCGCUCGCUGUGCCUUGAUUGGUGCAUCCAGAUCACAGACGACGCCCUGGCGCCUCUUGCUGGUAACCACACGGCCUAUGCCGCCUGCCACCACCUCGCCUCUCUCAGCACACGUGGCUGUAACCGCCUGUCUGCUGCUGCUCUCACGCACGUCAGCCACCUGCCCUCCCUCACGCGCCUGAACCUGGAGAUGUGCGGAUUGCUCAAGGGGGGGAUGCGCCACCUUACAGGGCUUUCCUCCCUCCGCACUCUGAACGUCGGUUGGUGCACGUCUCUCGACGACGAUGACAUGGCAGACAUAGCCCGCCUCUCCUCGCUACACUCCCUCAACGUCUCCCGCUGCAAGAUCACAGAUGCAGGCCUCACAGCUCUGCUGCAAGUGCUCGCCUCGCUACACUCCCUCAACGUCUCUCGCUGCAAGAUCACCGACCUGGGCCUCACGGCUCUGCUCUAUAUCAUCCCUCAUCACUCUCCCUUUGAGCCGCCUAAUACUUCCUUUCUGUCGCCGCACAUGCCCCAUUCCCAUCCCGUCACAUCCGCACCUGCAGCUCUCUCCUCCCUGACCAGUUUCAGCAUGGCGGGCUGUCAGCAUGCGACGGACACAGCCUUCUCUCUCAUCUCUAGCGUUCACGGAUUGACUGAGCUCAACGUGGAGUGGUGUGCGCUUCUCAGUAACACGGGCCUCAAGCACAUGCAAGCUCUCACACGUCUCACGUCUCUCAACCUGGCCUACACCCGCUUUGGCGUCAUCGACACACCCCGCAACAGGAGCAUGCAGAGUGCUCCUUCCUUCAUCUCCUCGCUGCGCUCCCUCCGCCACCUCAACCUUGACUCAUCACGCGUCAACGACCUUGCCAUGGGAGAACUUGCAGGUCUAACUGCCUUGGAGAGCCUUGAUCUGUCAGACUCCACAGUGGGCGAUGCAGGGAUUCGCAGCGUCUCUGCCAUGACUCGUCUCUCCUCCCUCAACCUGAGCUACUGCAGUGUCACAGAUGGCGGUGUGACUAGCAUCGCUCACCUCUCCGCCCUCACAUCCCUCUCCCUUGACACUCGCUCCAUCACUGAUGCUGGGCUGAAACGCCUGUCAGCCCUGACCAACCUCACCAACCUAGACUUGUUUGGAGCACGGGUGACGGACGAAGGCAUGGCAGUGCUCAAGGGCUUCAAGAAGCUUCGGGUGUUGGAGGUGUGUGGGGGCGGCAUCACAGACCAGGGAGUGAAGGAACUCGCUUCUCUGCCCCAACUGGCCUCCCUCAACGUCUCUCAGAACCAGCGCAUCACCGACGCUGGUGUCAAGGCUCUGGCAGCACUCACCACUCUCGAAACCCUCAACCUCUCGGGAUCAGGAGUAACCCGCAAUGGCCUCUGCCACCUGCUCGCCCUCUCCCGCCUCACCUCCCUCUCCCUGCACGGCUGCAAGGUGCACAGAGCGCAUCUCAAUCACCUGCUCGUCUCCCCUCUCUGUGACUGGGACCCGAGCCUCACCGUUACAGGGGUUAACUGA